AUGCCUGUUCGUGGUUCAAAGUCCCUCCACCAACUCUCGCUCGAGAGGGCUUUGGACGAGUUCGAAAAUCUUCCAUCUUACAAGGUCUACUCGCUAUUCAAGGACUGCCCCCAGCCUGUACGGAUUGCGGUUCUCGAUCGUCUGCUUACCGAACGCCGCACACAUCUGAAGGACUCGUUGCAGCUCGAGCAGAACGUUCCAGCAGCGGACUUUUACAAGUACAGAAUGGCAGACAUGGACCCUGACGUUGAGGACGACCUCCAUCUUGCUCCACAAAACCAUAACAUACCACACCCCUUUCUCGCUCUCCACGAGCGCCUACUUGCCCUCUUCCGCAACUGGGAGAAGCACCAGACUGGCCCCAACGACCAGGGCGAGUACACAUACGAGGGGGCUGUGAGUCUUGCCCCGGAAGGUUCUGCGCUGCCAUACAUUCUAUGCGAUUGCUGCAGCACCACCUCUGGCGCCAAAGACCCCAACUGUCCCAAGGCUCGCAUCUCCACGGUGAUCUCGUAUCAUCUUCUAAGAUCAAGACUCGAGUUUCUAUUCGGCAGCGACCUGGCAGUUUUUGAGCAGCUGGAAAGUAUCGACACGGAACGAUGGUGGUUGGUGAAGCUACGAUUCCCUGACAAGAGCAAACUCAUGUUUGUGGGUAGCAGCUUGGGUGUGUCAUUCGGCUUUGGCGGCAGCAAGGAAGCUCGCAAGAAUUGCGAGUUCAUGCUCAACUUCCUGUUCAGCAACAUGGACUUUGCCCGCCACCGCGUGGCGUUUGCGAACAAGUUCAAGAAGAGCAUUGAGGAGCUUGAGGAGGAGGCUCGCAAGGUCAAGGAGGCGGCGGCGGCCGAGACAGAGACGGCGAAUGCCUAG